AUUGGAAUUUUUGUAGGUUAGGUUGAUAGUUUACAACAAAGACCUUAAAGAGAUAAUCUUUAAGGUCUUUGGUUUACAAAAUUGUUAUUCUGGCUGGCAUGGUCAUAAAUGUUUCUGAGUUUGUUCCUGUUUUAUUUAGUACUUGCCAUCGUCAAACGUGCUAAUCUAUAGUAAGAAAUCUUUUCGCCUUUGUUUGUACGGACUACGGAAGUGUUUCCUAUAGCAUUAGUAAAAAAAUGAGUAAUAGAUAUCGUGGUAAGAGGAAACAUAAUUUUUACUUGAACGACAGUAGAAAAAAAUUAAAAUUUUGUCUGGAUAUUGGGCUACAAGGAUUCCUCUGUACUUGCAACAAUAGAGAGAAGGAUUGCGUAAGAGAGGCAUACAAUAUCCUUAAUGAUUAUGGCGAUAAAUUAUUUGGAGAAGAAAAUGUUGAUGAUGAGUAUGUUAUUGAAAAUGAUGCAGAAAUUGAAGAUGAGUUGGAGAGAGAAGUCAAAUCUCUAAAGAAAUCGACAAAGAGUGGAGAGCGACGAUUCCAAGUAGUAGAGUCCGGUGCCAAUUGUUGUGUAUUCAUCAAAGCUAAGAUUCCAGAUCCUGUGAAACUUGCUGCCACAAUCAUGGAAGAUGUAGCAUCAACAAAGACACAGAAGACAAGAUAUUUAAUCAGACUCUUGCCUGUGGAAGUCACUUGCAAGGCUUAUAUGGAUUCAAUAAAGAAAGCAGCAGACAGCCUUUUUGAUAAAUAUUUCAAAUGUGAACCCACGACAUUUGCCAUCGUUUAUAAAAUACAUCGAGGAGCAUACAUACACCCACCUCAGAUAGUGGCUAGUGCCAUGGAAAACCCCAUUCAAGGGACAAUGACAAUUCCCCGGUUAGCAGACUGCGACAAAGACAAAAGAAGUAAAAAAAGUAACAAACGCAACAAUGACAAUCUGUUGCGAGACGAAGUGAUCCAGUCGCUGGCUGUGCUAGUGGAGGACAAGAACAUCCUGCACAAGGUGGAUCUGCGCCAGGCACGCCUCACGGUCGUCGUCGAGGUCAUCAAGUCCAUCUGCUGUCUGUCAGUUGUGCCGGACUUCUUCAAGUACUGUAAGUACAAUCUCAUGCAGUUGAGCAAGGAUGACGAUAGUGCUAACGGUAACGCUGACAAAACUCCUGCAAGUGGGGCCACUGAAAAGGAAAAUGAGGAAAAACUGUGUAAAUCCACAGAAGAGAGUCGAUCUGCGGAACUGAGUGACAAAAAUUGUGAAACUGUGACUGAUAUUUCUAAAGCAGGUGACAAUGUUGCACCUGAUGAUUCUGUGCCGGUUAUUCAAAAAACCUGAAAAUUAUACACAUUUUAACAGUUGA